AUGUAUCACGCCAUGUUCGAGCAGGAGGAUUCCCGGACGUUCCAUGAGAUGCGAAAGGCGAACUUGCCAAAGGCUAUCGUCAUGUCCAACCUCCUCCACUGCUACAUGCGCGAGAGUUUCGCCAUGCUGCUCAAGCUUUUUCGCGAGCGUCUCCGCAUCCCAAGCAGCCAAUGGCGUGAUAUAAUGGACCGCUUCAUGGAGCUCGAGCAGACCGAUCAGACGAUGCCGAUGAACACCAUGAACCGCAAUGACCUCUAUGCGCAUCUCCAUCGGCAGGGCGUAUACACAGUGGGCUUCCUCAAGAUGAGCAAGCCUGCGAAGACCGGCCCGUUCGCGGGGUGGGAGUCCGUCCCGCCCAUCGUGCGUGUUAUCCUCUCGGUACCGCGCGAGAAGAUCGCGGCCUUCGAGAGGGCAGUGCGCAUCACCCAGGCUGGCACGCCGCUCCUGCACUGCGACCUGAGGGGCGCAAUGACGAUGAACCUAUUCUGUGCCGUGCACGUCGCGUGGGGGCGGGUCAUAUCCACGGGAACGAAGAGUAGCCCGCGUGUGCUGUUCGAGGAGGACCCGGACGGGUGGAAGGGCACGUUGCCGCUCGUGGUCUCGUUCUGCCUUUCGGCGGUGCUCCUGACGAACCUCGAACACCCGAGCGCGCUCCACAUCCGUCUCGCGGUCAGGUGCACCUCCGGCUCUAUGGCGCUCGUGAAGCAUCUAGGGAUGGAGCUUACUGUGUUCAGCGCGGGCCUCAUGGACGAGGAACAUGUGUUCGUGGUCCCCGAGGCGUCACUGCCCUCAGCCGACUUCGAAGGUGCGCAGGGUCCACUCCUCCGGCCGAACUCGACGCUCCAAAGCCAAAUCGGAACCCAACAAGCGGUGAUUGUCGAGCUCGACGAGCAGUGCGAAUUUGUACAGACAUUGACCAGCAAGGUCAUAGUCGAGGACCCCGACGUCAAACAUGAAUUCGGCUCCGCUGGUGCUACCCCCCAGAUCACGCAACUGUCGCCGUGCUGCAUGCGUCUCACCGUCGCAGGCCACUCUCAAGACGUCGUCUUCCCCUUCCCCGUGAUCGGCAGCGAUUACAACCUUCGUCUCGCACGAAAAUCCUUGUACAUUGAGGUCGUGGUGCCUAUCGCGGGACCGUUCUUGAAACCCGACGGGAUGAAGUUGAACCCCUUCCCUGUCGUCGGUACCGACAAGGCCCUGCAAUCCUGGAAUAUCCACCGCCUCUCUCUGUCUCGACUCCCUGUGCUCUCCCCGACCGCGCCGGAGAUCUCCAAGUGGCUAGAUGUGCACGUCGGAUCCAUGCUCUCGAACCGGGAACGCACGAUGCGGAAGAAACACCGCGCAGACGCGCUCAUGUUCGUCAAAGACUCCAUCCACACCAUCUUCGUCCGAUCCACCGGCAUACAGGGCGGGGCCGCCAAGCGCGUCUUCGCGCUCCGGGACGACCAGACGAAUAACUGCGACACGGUCUUCUUCGUCUCGGACGUGCGCUUCGACCUCCACUCCCACACCAUGGUCUGCGACGCGUACGUGCUCCCGCUCACGCGCGCAAUUCUCCGCCAGAUAGACAGCUUCUUCGGGAAGCUCGUAUACGGGGGCGAUAUGGCGAACGUAUCCGUGUUCGAGGGCGAGAUGCAAGCGUGGAAGCAGCUCAUCCCGGCGUUCGUCGAGCGCUGCCGCACGUGGGCGCACACGGAUGACUGUGAGUACCUCAAGCGGCAACAGGCGCCGCUCACGCUGGAGAUGGAAGCUGUCCCGCUGUGUAGUUGUGGACAAGGGAAGGAUGUGGAGGGGCUGUUGAAGGUCGAGCAGUGGCGUAGUCAGCAAACUUCCUACAUGGGUGCUCGGACUUGGCUCGGACUUCAAAGCUUCAUCACGGCUAUGGCUGAGUUCAGUCUAGCGCUCGCGCGGCCCCAAUUUCGACGUCGCGCCUACGCAAACGGCUCGCGUCUCUUCCUUAACUGGCCGUCAUGCAUCAUGUACUACGUAGCUAGAUCUUUCCACUCUUGGGCUUGA